AUGACGGCUACCUGGGUAACGAUUCUCAGCAUCUCGACUUGUGUGGUCCUGCUGAAGUUCAGUGAGAUCAGGAGCAAGGAGAGCUGUUAUUAUGUGACCUUCACCUAUGCCAAUUGGACGGAUGACCGACCUCGGUUUGUUGUCAACAUGACCUUCUCGAAUCAGACUGGCAUCGGCUCAGUAACCACCAUUAACGAGGAGAUUGCCUCACCGGUGUCUCGCAUCCUCAUACUUCAGCACUCCGGUCGGGGUAAGCCUCGCACCAUAUACAACGCCUCCACCAAACUGUGCGACCUGCAGAAUGUCUUCAAUUCCGUACCGCUUUUUAAGCCAGCCAAGGACAACAUGCUUAAGCAAAGUAACUACACUCUGAGCUGUCCUCUGGUCAAAGGCACAUACGCCAUGAUCAACAUGCGCGUAAGCCCCAAGAACCCACUUCUGAGCCUUCUCUACAAACCGAAACACACGUUCUCCGUGAGUGGCGGCUUGUUUGAGGAACUUUCACGUGGCCGCAGGUUAAGGGCGCUGUCCACCUACUUCAUGACUGGAAAGGUUGUGAAAAAGUACUGUGGAUCCAAUGAAUAA